CCUCAGUCUAAAAAUAGCAGUGUGAAACAAACCAACAUUCAUUAUAAUAAGUUCACAGUACCUCCUUCUAAGGGAGGUGAAGGAAACUGCAGCAGCAGUACUAUAGGCUAUUGUACAACAGGAUAAUACACACAUCUUCAAGAGACUCAGAAGAAACACCAAAGAGUUAAUUGAUCAUUAAUCAUACCUGACAAGGAUAUGGAGCCAACAACAGAAUAUAACUAUUCCUCCUACUACGAUGAUACAGGUUUACAUGGAUCAGAGCCCUGCAACAAUGCCAAUGUGAAGGAGUUUGGACGGGUGUUUCUGCCUACACUCUACAGCCUGGUCUUCAUCGUGGGUUUCAUCGGUAACGGCCUGGUGGUCUGUGUCCUGGUGAUGUUUAAGAGGAUCAGAAGCAUGACAGACCUCUGUCUCUUCAACCUGGCUCUGUCUGACCUUUUCUUCAUCAUCUCCCUGCCUUUCUGGUCCCACUACGCCACCGCAGCCAACUGGCUCCUGGGGGACUUUAUGUGCCGACUGGUAACCGGACUAUACAUGCUUGGGUUUUAUGGCAGCAUCUUCUUCAUGGUGAUCUUGACAGUGGAUCGCUAUGUGGUCAUAGUCCACGCUCACACCAUGGCCAGGCCCAGUUCAGUCAGAGUAGGGGUCACUUUGUCUCUGUUCAUGUGGGCUCUCAGUCUCUGUGCCUCUCUGCCUACAAUCAUCUUCACCAAAGUAAAUAAUGAGUCUGGGCUUACAACAUGUAAACCAGAGUAUCCAGAGGGUAGCAUGUGGCGCCAGUUUUCUUAUUUAGAGAUGAAUGUCUUGGGUCUACUUCUCCCUCUCUCCGUCAUGGUGAUCUGCUAUUCCAGAAUCGUUCCGAAGUUAGUCAAUAUCAAAACCACCAAAAAGCACAAAGCCAUCAAACUGAUAAUCAUCUUAGUAGUGGUCUUUUUCUGCUUUUGGACCCCAUACAAUGUGGUCAUUCUCCUGCGUUAUCUGGAGACCCAGAGCUAUUUUGGGGACUGUACAACUCACACGAACAUAGACCUGGCAAUGCAGUGGACAGAGGUGAUAGCAUUCACACACUGUUGUUUGAAUCCGAUCAUCUAUGCCUUUGCAGGGCAGAAAUUCAUGAGUCUUGUCCUGAAGUUACUAAGAAAAUGGAUGCCGAUGUGCUUCGCCAGGCCUUAUGUUAGUGGGUCGUCUGAAAGAAAUAUCUCAGUCUAUUCCAGGUCAUCUGAAAUAUCAUCUACAAGACUGCUGUAGUUUGACUUGUAUGCAUGCACACUUCGAAUAUAAAAACUCUUAGAAGGGAAAAGACAGUAAAAGAUGUAAGGAAAAGGGGGAUUUCUUUGAAAGUGUGGCACUCAGCCACCCUAACUGUGAAUAUAUGCUUACAUUAGAUACUGUAGAUAUCAGGUGCUCUUUUGUAUCUUUACAUGCUCCAAUUCCUUUGUUGAUAGAUACCUUUAAAGAGUGUUAGUUGUGUCCUCAUGUGGUAUUGUGUGAAGUGUGGAAAAAAAAGUGAAGAAAUUGACAGUAUGUACAGUGCAUUCGGAAAGUAUUCAGACCCCUUCCCUUUUUCCAAAUGUUGUUACUUUACAGCCUUAUUCUAAAAUGUAUUAAAUUCAGUGUUUUUAACAUCAACACCUCAUCAAUCUACAUACAAUAUCCAAUAAUGACGAAGUGAAAACAUGUCUUUCGACAUUUUUGCUAAUUUAUUAAAAAUAAAAACAGAAAUACCUUAUUUGCAUAAGUAUUCAGACCCUUUUUUAUGAAACUUGAAAUUGAGCUCAGGUACAUUCUGUUUCCAUUGAACAUCCUUGAGAUGUUUCUACAACCUGAUUGGAGUCCACCUGUGGUAAAUUCAAUUGAUACGACAUGAUUUGUAAAGGCACAAACCUGUCUAUGUAAGAUCCCACUGUUGACAGUGCAUGUCAGAGAAAAAACCAAGCCAUGAGGUCGGACAGGAUUGUGUCGAGGCAGAGAUCUGGAACAUUCUGCAGCAUUGAAGAACUUUGGAAACACCAAGACUCUUCCUAGAGAUGGCCUCCUGGCCAAACUGAGCAAUUGAGGGAGAAGGGCUUUGGUCAGAGAGGUGACCAAGAACCCGAUGGUCACCCUGGCAGAGCUCCAGUUCCUCUGUGGAGAUGGAAGAAUCUUCCAGAAGGACAACCAUCUCUGAAGCACUAAACCAAUCAGGCCUUUAUAGUAGAGUGACUAAACGGAAGCCACCCCUCAGUAAAAUGCACAUGACAGUUUUCCACUUGGAGUUUUCCAAAAGGCACUUAAAGGACAAUCGGUCCAUGAGAAACAAGAUUCUCUGGUCUGAUGAAACCAAGAUUGAACUCUUUGGCCUGAAUGCCAAGCGUCACGUCUGGAGGAAACCUGGCACCAUCCCUACGGUGAAGCAUGGUGGUGGCAGUAUCAUGCUGUGGGUAUGUUUUUCAGUGGCAGGGACUGGUAGACUAGUCAGGAUCGAGGGAAAGAUUGACGGAGUACAGAGAGAUCCUUGUUGAAAACCGUCUCCAGAGCGCUCAGGACCUCAUACUGUGGUGAAGGUUCACCUUCCAACAGGACAAUAAUCCUAAGCACACAGCCAAGAAAAUGCUAGAGUGGCUUCGGGACAAGGCUCUGAAUGUCCCUGAGUGAUCCAGCCAGCGCCCGGACUUGAACCCGAUCUAACAUCUCUGGAGAGACCUGAAAAUAGUUGUGCGCAAUGCUCCUAUCCAACCUGACAGAGUUUGAGUUACAGGUGUGCCAAGCUUGUAGCGUCAUACCCAAGAAGACUCAAGGCUGUAAUCGAUGCCAAUGGUGCUUCAACAAAGUACUGAGUAAAGGGUCUGAAUACUUAUGUAAAUGUAAUAUUUCAGUUUUUAGCUUUUUUCAAUUUGCAAUAAAAAACAGUUUUUACUUUUAUUGUGUGUAGAUUGAUGAGGGGGAAAACUAUUGAAUCCAUUUUAGAAUAAGGCUGUAACGUUAAAAAAAUGUGGGGUCUGAAUACUUUCCGUAUACGCUGCACAUAUAGUCAUAUAUAUAUCUAUUUUUUUAAAGAUUGAUUCACCCUUUUUCCUUCAUUUUUGAGUUUGUAUGUUUAUAGCUUUUUUCUUCAAAUAAUGUGACAGAAACCUGACUGGGGCAUAUGCUUUUUAACAAGCUUAUAAAUGUCACAACACUGCUGUCUGUUUAAAAAAAACACAAAUAAAAAAAGCUGAGACUGCUGUUUGUAAAUAGACAACACAAUAGAACGUGGCAUGAAACUUAUAUGACUGUCUAGGAUUUGUGAUUACCUUGUCUUCAUUUUUACCUUGUCUUCAAUAACAUGUUUUAUUUUUUAUUUCAAACCACACUUUUGAUAGUUUGUUCAUGGUAUAAGAUAUUCUGUAUGUAAUGGGCAUUUAGACAAUCUUGUUCAGUGACAUUUCCCACCUGUACCUUUGCUUGAUGUUGACUUAUUCAGCUUGGUCUACAUGCACAGAGAUACAUCAAUUCACACCAAAACAACUUAAACAACACAGGGACAUAACCUUGACACAGCUUACAUGAAAUAAGGAAGUGAUGGCCAGCCACUUCUCGUUAAACCACAGAAAAUGUGUUGUUGAACAAAUCUUUCUAGGAAACACGUAUUGUCUAACCUCAUCUAAUAUGGAAGCAAACUAUUGUAAGAUAAGCACAAGAGGCUGGAAAAAGCCCAAAGCCCUGCCCCUAAAUCGUGUAAAAGAUGAAGUGCCUUGCUCAAGGGCACAACGGCAGCAGGCCACACAUGAUGUUCUGAUGCCAGCAACUCUGUGGCUGCUGGCACAGUCACACCAAAUUUCCCCAUCCGCCCUGAAAUUCAAACCGUCAACACUUCGGUUACCAGCCUACUCCUUCUUCUACUACAGACAUAACCCACACAAGGACUACUUCCAUGAAUAAAAGUUACGGAAUUUACUUUCUAAG